AGGUAGCUUAUAAUUGCUGAUCCUCGCUAGGGGCGCUGUUUGAACACAGUGCAAUAGAGAAGACAAUGUAGCCACUCAGUGUCAGCCAAAUCCAUGAUAUUAACACAAUCUAAAGAGCAAAGGGGAGUUUCCAAAGUAAUCAAACCCGUCCAACUUUCUCAUUUACAGCUAUAGACCACUGAAAAUGGAUCCUAUUAGGGCUGCUGCUCCUUUGCUAUGGUUUUCCCUGUGCUUUGGGAAUAUUCUGGAGGCAGCGGUACUUGGAUCAUUGCAGUACCCCUCUAGCGCAGAUGAUAACGGGCUUGUUUCACAUCUGGAUGAGCAGAGUCGGAGAAAGCCGAUCGCGGUGUCCAGGAAAGACCCUCCGAUAAAUGAUACUAUCGUCCCCCAUGACUAUAUGGUAUCGCUAUACAGGACACUCUCUGAAAUAGAGAGAAGAGGUCUUAACAGCAGUGUUCCUCGCUCCGCAAGACACGCCAACACGGUGACCAGUUUCGUGGAUCAAGGAAAAGAUCCCUCCUCCUGGGGAAGUGGCCAGCGCUAUAUCUUCGACCUCUCCAGCCUGUCCAGGACAGAUGAGAUCGUGGAGGCAGAACUGAGGAUCCUGAGAAAGCCACCGCUGGAUCGCCUCCCUAUGCUGACGUGGGGCAGGAACCUUUAUCGCCUCCUCCUCUACACAUGUUCCUCUAAGGGGAACUCUGGGAGACGGCUGCUGGACUCCAGGACAGUCGACGUUCUGGACCGCGAGCCUCCCAAAUGGGAUGUAUUUGACGUGUGGGCCAGCGUGAAGGCUCGGCGGAGGAGCCAAAGGACAGCAGCGGGCAAUGACCUCUUCGUGGCCUGCUUUGACCUGCUGGUUGUUUCGGAGUUGACCAAAGAAGCAGCCAACCCUCUUACAGUAGGGCUGGGACGCCGGUCUCGGCAGCCCCAGGAGAGGGCCUUGCUGGUGGCUUUUUCUCGCACCCGCAGGACAGAGAACCUGUUCAAGGAGAUCAGGGAUCAGAUGAAGGCAGUGCGAAGAGACUUGGGUUUUCUGGACCCUUCGGACCUCUCUGGUGAUGUGAUUGGUCACCUACCCAGGCGACGCCAACGCCGGACUGCCCUCACCGGCCGAUCUAUAGGCGGAGCUGGUGGGGGAGGAGGGGGAGGUGGUGGUGGAGGAGGAGGAGGAAGGGGAGGUGGAGGCGGGGGGCGCAGGAAGACUCGCUGCAGCCGUAGGCCGCUCCAUGUCAACUUCAAGGAGUUGGGCUGGGACGACUGGAUCAUCGCACCGCUGGAUUACGAGGCGCACCACUGUGAGGGCGUGUGUGACUUUCCGCUGCGCUCACACCUGGAGCCAACGAAUCACGCCAUCAUUCAGACACUUAUGAACUCUAUGGACCCUGAAUCCAGCCCGCCCAGCUGCUGUGUCCCCUCCAAACUCAGCCCCAUCAGCAUCCUCUACAUUGACUCUGGCAACAAUGUGGUCUACAAGCAGUAUGAGGACAUGGUGGUGGAGAGCUGUGGCUGCAGGUAGCAUAGCAACAGAGAGGGGAGGUGGUGCUAGUCUUGCGUGGCGCUAGUCUCGUCAUUCUGGAAUUUUGGACUGGGGCUUGCAAAGAGCGGAGUUUGUUUGUUUUGUGGGAAAAUACGUUGGUGGUUUAAAGCGCUUCUUAACACUCACCUCCCCCUAUCUCUUCCCCCUAAACCAGCUGUAUUUUGUGAUUUGUUGAAAAAAGUACAGACAAGUAUGCUCAUUACUGAUCUGCCUCUGCUUAUGGGGAACAUAAUCUUAUUUGCUGCUUAAUUUAUUAAAACAUGUCAUUGAGCUGCCAUUUUAUUUCUUGAGCUCUUUAGCAUUUUUUUACUCCUAACAUGCUCUGGCUCUCUCUGGUCUCUCUCUCUCUCUGUCCCCAUGGCUCUGCAUGUUGUUCGAUGCUGUCAACUUCAGUAAAUGUCUGCUAUGCUUCUGACUUUGGUUCUAGAACACUGCUUUAGUAGUGUAUAAAACAUCAGCCCUAGCUUUGAAUUUACUGAGCAGCAGACAGAAUUUGUUGGGAGGAAUAAAACAAGCCCAUAUUUAUAGUGUUAUGAUAACAGUGUUAGAGUACAUUUGUGUGCCUAUAUGGAAAACUCAAAAUAACAUUAAGUCAAUUAUUACAUCUCACAAGACAUCUGUCCAAUAAACUGCUCCCAUUGUGCUUGCUCUUACCAAAAAACAACAUUUCAAAUGUAUGGGAGGACACAAUCAAAAAUGACUUUUGUAUAUUGCAGUUUGCAAUUGCAGCACAUAGCCUACACACGUCUUACUUAAGACACUACCGUCAUCUCUUGGACAUAGUUAAAAUAUAGUUUUUUAGAUAAAUGCUGCGCUCGGUGUUGUGAGCAAUCUGGAUAUUAUUAUGAAUCUUUUGAGCAGGACAGAGAACAUCACCCAUUUUCUGGAGUUAUCAAAUCAAAUUUCUUUAUAUAGCCCUUCUUACAUCAGCUGAUCUCUCAAAGUGCUGUACAGAAACCAAGUCUAAAACCCCAAACAGCAAGCAAUGCA